AUGCCGGAGGCCGGAACCAGCACUGGCUUCGAUGAUCAAGAGUUUGACCGCUUUACGAACCCGCGUGACAGGUCGAGUAAAAUUUGCGCUGUGCUGCGACAGACACGCAGACCGCGACAGGAGAAUCGGACACAUGUAGUUUUAAUUACAAUAUAUUGCUUUUUUUGUAUAUUACCAGUGAAGCAACUUUGCGCCUUCCCAUCAUCGCUGAGCGACUGUCAAACACCCACCGGGUGGAACUGCUCCGGGUUUGAGGAGCAGGACACUGAUCUUUUUCUGUGCGACACCAACACAUGCAAGUUUGACGGCGAGUGUCUGCGAAUUGGGGACACGGUGACGUGCAUCUGUGAUUUUAAGUGCAGCAGUGACUAUGCUCCAGUGUGCGGAUCUAACAGCGAGAGCUAUGAGAACCAUUGUCUCCUGCGCAAAGACGCCUGUAAAUUGCAAACAGAGGUGCUGGUGGUGUCAGAGGGUGCCUGUCCUGUCGAUGCUGGCUCUGGAUCAGGGGAUGAUGUUAACGAGGGUUCAGCAGAGAUCAGUCAGAAGGAGACAUCAACGUGCGACAUUUGUCAGUUUGGGGCCGAGUGCGACGAGGAUUCUGAGGACGUGUGGUGUGUGUGCAACAUCGAUUGCUCCCACAUCAGUUUUAAUCCAGUCUGUGCAUCAGACGGCCGUUCCUAUGACAACCCCUGCCAGGUGAAAGAGGUGUCGUGUCAGAAGCAGGAGAGGAUUGAGGUCAAAUACCUCGGACAUUGUAAGGAGGAGAGAGACCAGGUGAGCGAGGUACCAUGGGGUCUUUACAUCCCGUGUCCGGAGCGUUACAAGAACUACUGUGUCCAUGGAGAGUGCGAGUAUCCUAGCAACCUCUCGCCCCCCACCUGCAGUUGUCAUUCGGGCUUCAUUGGUCCGCAGUGUGACAGGAAGGACUAUAACGUGAUGUACGUGGUACCUGGUUCGGUAAAGCUGCGUUACGUUCUAAUCGCAUCCAUCAUUGGGGCUCUGCAAGUGGCCAUUAUCUGCCUCGUAGUGCUUUGCAUCACACGUUUUGUUUUUCCUGUGGCUGAGAAGGACAAGGAGAGAGACCAGGUGAGCGAGGUACCAUGGGGUCUUUACAUCCCGUGUCCGGAGCGUUACAAGAACUACUGUGUCCAUGGAGAGUGCGAGUAUCCUAGCAACCUCUCGCCCCCCACCUGCAGUUGUCAUUCGGGCUUCAUUGGUCCGCAGUGUGACAGGAAGGACUAUAACGUGAUGUACGUGGUACCUGGUUCGGUAAAGCUGCGUUACGUUCUAAUCGCAUCCAUCAUUGGGGCUCUGCAAGUGGCCAUUAUCUGCCUCGUAGUGCUUUGCAUCACACGAAGGUGUCCACGUGAGAAUCGGAUAGCACGGCAGAAACAAAACGUUCCACACUUCAACUCGGCAAACACCCUGCGGGCCUCCACCAGACUCAUCUGACGAGCCCUUAAACUUAGUGUGACAUGUGCUAAAGACAGCAGAGAAAAAGGCCCCAGGGAAUUGUGGGAACACACACCCCUCCAGACAGGUGUUGCUGGGUGUGUGUAAGAACUGAGGCGGGACUCCUGGCAGUGUGCAAACCUUAUCGUCCCUGGAUUCCCGUAGGACGCAAACAGGGGACAGCCUCACGGGACGGGCCUGCAGUGGUUUUUCCACCUGGCCUGCAGGCUGGAGUCAGACUCAGUGGGAAAGAGAACAGGCAGUCUGUUUCGUCAGAGCGUACAGCCAAAAACAGCCCUUCCCUGGGGUUGCAACAAUCUGGAAGAGAGAAGUGCUUGUGGAUAGAUGGAUGGAUGGAUGGAUGGAUGGAUGAUAGAUGGAUGACUGGAGAGGUGUGCCACAUGUUGCCUUGUAUUUGUUGUCAAUGACACCAUCGAAGAAAUGAGCUCUCCAGGGCUCUCUU